GUAUGUCUGGUCACACCUGCAAACGUAAAUAACCUUUGUCAGACAACCUCUGACACCACUUUACUACCUUUCCUUCAUCCUCAUCACCAUCUCUCUCUUUCUCACACUUCACUUCUCAAACUAGAUAGAUACCACUUUCAUUGAAAAGUGAAACAUAAAAUUAAGCAUUUUCUUUUUUACUUUGAUCAUCAUCAUCAUCAUCGGUAUCAGCAAACAAACCGACCCACUAGGAAAAUAAAAACCUCAUUCCAUGUCAAUGUUCACAAUGGAAGCUAACACAACUGGAGGUGAAGCUCAGAAGAAGAUUAAGAAUGAGGAAAUUGAUGAAGGGAAAAGGGGUGUUGUUGUAUUGAAGAAAGAGAUUGAAAGAAACCCUUUGAUCACAGAAGCUCAAAGGCGUGAACUUGACCAUCAAGUUUUCAUUUUUAAUCACUUUGCUUAUAACAUUCCUCUUCCUCAUUAUCUUUUGCAGUUUCCAACUCUUGUGUCAGAGUACGGCUGUCGUGGUUCUGAUUACAGAACUAUGUUGGAUUCAGAACCACAUAGGUGUAGAAGAACAGAUGGAAAGAAAUGGAGGUGUGGUAAGAACACGGUACCUAAUCAGAAGUAUUGCGAACGCCACAUGCAUAGAGGUCGAAAUCGUUCAAGAAAGCUUGUGGAAGCAUCUCAACUUAACUCUCCUAAUUUGAAAUCAAUGCCUAGUAAUGGAAACUCACAUGCAAAACAAGUCCCGAAAAUUGAGUCUACAGUUUCAAAUCCAAACCCUUUGGUCAUUCAACAUAGCCAUGCAUACUCAUACACGCCACCGAGGAGCUUCUGUGUUGUAAAUAACCAGUCCAGUUGUAAUCGACCGAGAAAUGCCAUAAGUUCUGAUGCCACUUUGGUGACUGUGGUGACCGCUUCCUCGAUCCUGCCUCCUGCAGUUAGACCUAAGGUGACCACUGCCUCGAUCCUGCCCCCUGCAGUUCGACCUAAGAUGACCACUGCCUCGAUCCUGCCCCCUGCAGUUGGACCUAAGGUGACCACUUUCGGAGGCAUGGCAUCUCUUACUUCGAACAACAGAAGCCGUGUUAAUGUGUGCAAUCAAGGCUUCUCCCCGAAGAGCGUUCUUCAAGUUUCUGGUAGCAAUGGUUCAUACCUCAGCCAUAGGAACAGUAUAGUAGAAUCUGAACCCGGUAGAUGCCGAAGAACAGACGGUAAGAGAUGGCGAUGCAAGAGCGCAGUUCUUCCAGGUCAGAAAUAUUGUGCAACACAUAUGCACAGAGGUGCUAAAAGACGUUGUACAAACACCGAAUCUCCUCCUUCCGCCAUUGCUACUACAACUUCAAUUAGUUCAGAUGUUACCCUUGCCCGGCUUCCUUACGCUGCAGCAGCAACCGACGUUCAGAAAGCUGACUGUCGAAUUCCAAACACACAGCUUUCAAUGUCAGUUCCAGAAAGUGCAGCACCAUCCUUAGAAUGUAAGGAGAAAAGAGGCGGCGGCAUCAGUGAUACCGAUACUAGUACUACCAUCACUGACGCCGUUGACGAGUGUAGCUAUCUUUCUUUCUGAGUAGCUAUGUUUGAUUUCUCGAAACAUGUUUAGUGUUUAUAUGAGUGAAAAUGUUAAGUUAUCAGCAUACUGAGAUCAGUUUUGUGUUUAGUGAACAAUGGUCUCUUAUGUCUACAUUAUGAAUAGAUCAACUAAAUUAUCUUAA